AUGAAGAGGCUGCUCUUACUGGCAGUUGUGCUAGGUGUCGUCGCAGCUCAGGAGGAAGUCAAAACCAUCGCCGAACGAGCCAUCUCCGAACCAGGACAAGGAGGAGACGACAAAUUCAAAAUCUAUGUCGGAACGAUCGACGGAGUCCGCCGUGAAAUUUUCAACGAGGUCGAUGGAGGACAAAUCGAAGUGGCUCCAGACAACACGCCUAACGUGCAGGACCCAUUUGGAGCGUAUGAUGAUAAUAAUGUAGUGUCGGCUGACAACGAGAAGCUUCUUUUCGUUCCAAAGCCAUACCGUCCAGGAGGUGAUAAGAAGGAACCGAAGAAGACCACUCAAGCGCCGACGACGACUCCAAGAACUACCAGACCCCCUGCCACCACCAUCAGAACCAUCCCAUUCGUCCAAACCACCCCAGCCACCCUUGCCACCCUCCCACCAGCGCCAGUCACCACCCGCGCCCCAUUCGUGCCAUUCAUUCCUCAGACGGUCGCCACCAUCGCUCCUCAAUUCAUCCGUCCCCCGGCACCAACGGCGCCUCCACGUGUCAUCGCUCCACAACAACCACGCCCAAUUCAACCAUUCCAACCACAACAACCCCAACCAUUCCGUCCACAACCACAACCAUUCCAACCGCAACCCUUCCAGCCGAGACCACAAUUCACUCAAGCGCCAUUCACUCAGGCUCCGUUCACUCAGGCUCCAUUCACCCAGGCUCCAUUCAGACCGCAACCAUUUGCUACACGUCCACCACCACCACCACCACAGCCACAACCACAACCAACCACCGCCGCUCCCAGAUUCCCACCACAAUCGGGACAGAGCCUUCGAUCUGGUCAAUGUCCAUCGUCCAUCUUCUACAUCUCCACUCCAAUCAGUGGUCCAUCCCGUCUUACGUUCACUCAUUUCGCCGUCGCUGUCACAGUUGACCAGUGCGCCAGAACUUGUCAUGAAUUCAAUUGCGCUAUCGCCCAUUACAACCCACUCAACGGACACUGCGAAUUCAACCCAUCUACCGCAUUUGCUAUUCGAAACGGACAGUGCCCUGCGUGGCCAUCACUUCAUUAUAGAAACAAUGUUGUUGCUAAUGAGCCAGUGAGAAUCUUCUGUGUCACAUGCCAGAGACCAAGAAGACGUCCGGCUGGAAGACGGCCAUUCAGAGGACAGGCUAGAAGAGGGCAACGUUUGGGAAGAAAGACACCAGUCCACAUUCCAGCCACACCAGUAGAGACUAAAGCGACCGAGCCAAAACAACGUCAACUCCGCGCCACCGAGGUCGAAGCCCAAGUGGAUUCCCAACCAACAUCCGAACGUUCCUCCCAACUGAACCUGCUCAAACAACUCGAGGACUUGCAGUUGUGA